GACUUCAUACAAUUUUCAAACAUCAUUCAAAUAAGGAACUUGUAUUUGUUUUAUUCAGGAUGUACACCUGCCUACCAAGGUUACUAUGGUAACCAAUCCAGUCUACAGGGACCAAGAAACAAUCAACAACACCACCAACUGCACAAAGGUCAACAUUUGGAUCAAACUGGAGAUAUGUUUGUACAGGAUAGUUCAGAAUAUAAAUGUUGUGAUAUAGAAUUUCCCUCAAAGGCCUGCUUUGAUUCACACACAAUGGUUGUACAUAAUGGAUAUUGUGAGAUCUGUAAAUCCAGACUGGACUCUGAGACUGAUAUAUUGAGACAUGGCCUGAAGCACAAGGGUGUCAAGCCAUUCCAGUGUAAACACUGCUACAGGGUGUUCCAGAGUGCCACAGGGUUGCAGCUUCAUAUGACAAAGGAUGUGCUUUGCAUCAUGUGUGAUAAAGUUGUAUCAUUUUCACAUAGGUCAAAGCAUGCGAGACAACAUUUUAGCAACAAGUUGUGAGGAAGCUCCCUUGAUGCAUCACUUAUUUAGGUAGACACAUUUCCCUAAAUGCAACAGUAUUUUGCAAAAUGUAUGGGAGCCUUUAGACCAAAAUAUAAACCGAGAACUGUCUACUUGAUAGAGCAUCAUUUUUUUACAUCAUUAAUUUAGAAAUUCAUUUUGGACAGAAAGCUAUAUCAUAUCUGGUGUGAAUGUAUGUUA